AUGGCAAACGCACAGCUGAAUUUGAAGUUCGUAAUUAACAAGAAAAGGGGCCAGAAUUUAGCCUAUAAUGGUUUCAUCUACAGAAUCAUACGCAGAAAUGGUGAAAAAUCUUGUCGAGGAUCCCUCUCUGCCCUUAACAACAUACCAGUUGCUUUUGGAAGACAGGAACACAACCAUCCAGCAGAUCAUGCAGAAGUUGUGGCACAGCAGAUCAGAAACAGCAUCACCAAGAGAUGUCUUGAAGAAGUCAGACCCAUACCAGCAAUAUACGAAGAAGAACUCCGCAAGCUCCGAGAUGAAGAAUGGGAUGAAAACUGCAAAGCGGUGGUACAGCGACUGCCUACCUUCAAUACAGCCAAGUCGUCACUCUACAGAGCCCGCCGAAAGGAAACCCCAGCGCUACCAAAGACUCUUUCUGACAUCAGACUGGAAGGGAAGUGGACAGAAACAUCAACCGGAGACAGAUUUCUUCUUUUUGACGACGGAGACCAGCAGAACCGAAUUAUAGCCUUCGCCACUACGGAGGACCUACGAUAUCUCUCAACUGCCGACACAUUCUACUGUGAUGGAACAUUUUACACGUGCCCGAGCUUGUUUCAUCAGAUGUACAGCAUCCAUGUGGUUAUUGAAGGAAGGAUGACGCCAGUCGUAUUUGCGCUACUACCAGGAAAGAGUCAAAGAAUCUACACUCGACUGUUUACCCUAUUCAAGGAACACAUGACUCAACUGUACCUGCCUUUCGCCCCAACCCAUGCAUUCGCCGACUUUGAAGUAGCAGUACACAACGCCAUUCGCCAGACAUUUCCAGGAAUCACCAUGAAAGGCUGUUUUUUUCCAUUUCACCCAGAGUGUAUGGAAAAAAGCACAGACAACUGGACUGCAAACUCUAUACCGGGACAACGAAGAUGUUAG